AUGCCGAUCGGUGGAAUCGGGAGUAAUGCGAUGUGUAAUUCGAACGUGAAGGUGACGUUUGAACGAGGUGGGGGGUCUGGGAAGGAGGACGCGGCUGAAGAAGUCGCGAUGCCGAUCGGGCUCUCGGUGGCGUUCGGCGCGUGCGCGAUGUUUUGUCGGGUGUUCGCGAUCGCGAGGGCUUCGAAGGUUUCCAUGCGCCAUGCGAUGUUUGUUAAUCCGUUUCAGCGACAGGCGACGAUUCAGCGUCAGUUGACGAUGCGACAGCAACAACGAGGUGAGGUGUGCCAAGAAAAUCCGCCGGCGUCUCGGGCGCCUCUGGCGAUGCAGCCGACGGCGCCGUCGCAAAUUCACGUUCCAGGGCGCGGCGGGCAGCGCGAUACGGUCAUCAUGUUUCAGCAAUCGGCGCCCGCGGUCCAGGCGUCUGCGGCGCAGUCGCAUUACGCGACUCCGGCCAAUCAGUACUAUCCUGAUAUUUGA